AUGGAGACUCUGCACCAGCAAACUGCUGUUAGGAAAAGGAAGGAGAGGAAAAGGAAGGAGAGGAAAAGGAAGGAGAGGAAAAGGAAGGAGAGGAAAAGGAAGGAGAGGAAAAGGAAGGAGAGGAAAAGGAAGGAGAGGAAAAGGAAGGAGAGGAAAAGGAAGGAGAGGAAAAGGAAGGAGAGGAAAAGGAAGGAGAGGAAAAGGAAGGAGAGGAAAAGGAAGGAGAGGAAAAGGAAGGAGAGGAAAAGGAAGGAGAGGAAAAGGAAGGAGAGGAAAAGGAAGGAGAGGAAAAGGAAGGAGAGGAAAAGGAAGGAGAGGAAAAGGAAAGAGGAAAAGGAAGAAGAGGAAAAGGAAGAAGAGGAAAAGGAAGAAGAGGAAAAGGAAGAAGAGGAAAAGGAAGAAGAGGAAAAGGAAGAAGAGGAAAAGGAAGAAGAGGAAAAGGAAGAAGAGGAAAAGGAAGAAGAGGAAAAGGAAGAAGAGGAAAAGGAAGAAGAGGAAAAGGAAGAAGAGGAAAAGGAAGAAGAGGAAAAGGAAGAAGAGGAAAAGGAAGAAGAGGAAAAGGAAGAAGAGAGGACAGACUGUCUCAAACGCCGAGGCAGAGACCAGGGGUGGCAAGGAGAAGGGGGCAAGGAGAAGGGGGCAAGGAGAAGGGGGCAAGGAGAAGGGGGCAAGGAGAAGGGGGCAAGGAGAAGGGGGCAAGGAGAAGGGGGCAAGGAGAAGGGGGCAAGGAGAAGGGGGCAAGGAGAAGGGGGCAAGGAGAAGGGGGCAAGGAGAAGGGGGCAAGGAGAAGGGGGCAAGGAGAAGGGGGCAAGGAGAAGGGGGCAAGGAAGACAGGGCGUGCGUGUGCGGGUGCGGGUGCGGGUGCGUGUGCGCGUUUUCAAGCGACUGACGACGCGUGCGAAAGGCGCCGGUGUGAUGCAAUGCACUGCACUACAAGGCUACAUGCGGAUAGAUUUUGUGUGGCUGCAUAUGGGAGAAGACCCGGGCUCGUCAACCGCAAAUGGCGGGGAGGAAGGAAUGUCCGAGGUGUCCAUGACGGCCGACCCAGAGGUCAGGAUGGCGAAAGGAGCCGUCGACCCACCUGGGGACGGGGAGGAUCGGCGGCAGGCUCGGGGCAGUGGUGGUGACUCGAGGACCACGCCGGUACCCGAAGGAGGUGGCGGAGGAGGAGGUGGCGACGAGGGCCGACGUGGUUGGAAAUGUUUCGACCGCCUUCAUUAA